AUGACAAGAACAAUCACUCCUCUGUUGGACAACACGAUCGGGCUUCUGGGGCAAAUGCUGAUCAAAGGUGCUGGGAACGCUUGUUCUAACUCGUCCGAUAUCCGACAACAGGGAGUAGCCGUGAUUCAUCUUGUAAUUGGUUGCGUCUCUGGUGUUUUGAACGCAGCCAACGAAGGUCCCGGUCGUGAGUUACAUCUAGAACGGCCACUGGCAUCUUUUGUUCUCUCUUGUCUUCGUCACGUGAAUUGGGAUGAUAGAGUCAAACAGGAUGAGCUCAAUUGGACCUAUACCGUAGAGAACCAAACGACUCUGCCUCACCCGUGUCCUGCCGACCCGGAUUCGCAAUCUCAGACGGCCACAUUUGCGGGCUCUCUAACUUUUCUAUGCAUGUUGCUUACUCAGUCACUGUGUGAUUCAGCAGUAGAAACGAAAGCCUCGUUGCAACAAUUGAUCGAACUGAUCCUGAGUAGUUUUGAUGUGUCCACGGUCGGCGAACGUUACUACACCUUUAUUUUAUCUAACAUGGACGAACUUCAGCUACCAGCUCAUUGUGUUCUCAUGCCACCAACCAGCUUGGAAGGUCGAUUGUUUUGUCUUCUGGCCUCUGCUGGAGGUAUGACUGCCUCUCCAGGCCAUGCACCCAUUGUUCAUAAACCCUCAGAUUCAUCAUCGAGCAACCGUCUCUACCCGUCAUUGGAUUCAUUCCCACCAUCCGUUCCGCGCUCACAGGUCCACAAGCGUCUUUGUUAUUUGCGAAAAAUCACUAGUCUCCUACAGUACGCGCUGCUACGGGGUCAGAUACCUGCACGUGAUGUAGAAACACUCAAAGCCGGUCCACUUUUAUCAACCAUCGCCCAACCUGUGGCGAGUUCGAAUGAAUCGCUCGGUGAAUCAUUGUUUAGUCGUUUUCUGGCUCAACCGAUGGGUAGUUUAUUCAGAAGACUAAGGAGUUCUACCGUCAACCUGGCAUCAACAAAUGAGCGUGAAACCGAGGAGCCUGCUCGUAUUCUGGCUGUUCUUUGCUGGCUACGAAUAGGCAAUUUACUCUCUGAACUGGAAGCAGUCGGUGCCACUUCUACUUGGGCCGAUCCAUCUUCUGGGGAAUUCUCGGAACUAACUGAAUUAUGUGCCGAGGUUAUGCGCCUGAUUCAGUCAGGCGCCCCACAGUCAUCAGGACCGGUGAGCAAUGUGUCAGUCGAAUUGAAUGCGGUUGAGCAACGGCUUAACCUUCUGUCUGGUGCGAUCGUCUCUUGGAUUCUCGGUAGACAAGGGACAGAACCUGGUAUUUCAAAUCCACCGAGUGUACCGCUCACCUUGGUCCCUCCACGCUCCAUUCAUGCCGGCCUAUCCAAACCAAUUUGUUACACGCUACUCAUACAGAACACACCGACAGAUCAGGGCUGUGUUGCCGCUCUGGUGCGGGUUCUAGAGGCCAGUAUUUGGUCAGUCCUCACCCUGGCACCAAACGGGAUGUCAUUUGCUGCUCGAUUUGAAAGUGUGAACAAUAUAUUCAUAUAUGCUCUGAGUCGACAUUCGAACGAGGCAUUCCUAGUCUCCAAUACCUUCACCUACGGUUGUCUGCGUGAGGCUAGUCUACUUCCACUCUUUUAUUUGGCCACUUCCCGGUCUCAUCGUUUUGGUCGGUCCAAUUUGACCGCGGACGGACCACAGAUACUGCUCGCUGAUAUGAUGCAUUGGCUGAACACCUUGGAUUGGAAGUCCUUCACUCUAGAAAAUCCGGUGAAACUUAGCGGACUAAUGCUUUCCAUAAGCUUCGUUGCCCACACUUUUGAAAUGAAAAACUCCACUAUUGCAAAUGGCUGUGCAGAUUGUUGUACCUAUCAUCCUGCUUGGAAAAGUGUGCAGUCCUCAGACCCAGCAUCCAAAACACGCUGUGCUGUCGCGUCUCUAGUGAAACAACUACUGAACGUCUUGGCUGAUGUUCGAAAGUUGUUGACACCAUGGAAAGCAACGGUGGAGUCGGAUAACAAGAAUUCAGAAUAUGCUGUCCGAAUACUGAAUCUGGUCAACAUCAUCGGAGGUCUUUUGUCCUCUUGGCUCGGUCGCGAUUCGGACGGAUUGCAACUACCAUUCGAACCCCUGCAGCGGUUUUCCAGCGCAUCACAACCGUCAAAUGCCAACACCGGNGCAAUUGGUUGUUUCGUUUGUGCCAGCACUUUUGGCUCGCUUGCCCAACUUCACCCUGGUCCAGGCGGUCAAUUAUGUGUGCAUUCAUCUCUGGCCCGAUUCACAUCCGUGUAUUAA